GCAUCAUAUAUCUUCAGACAAUGCAGAGGUUAUUGUUAUUUUCAUUCAUUGAAGAACGAACAAGUUGUAUCCUUCGGAUGCCCAUGCGUACACGGUGACCACCCCAAGUGAAUAUUGUCAAUUUUGUACGCAUCUGAACACAAACAGCGAAUGGUUUGAUCAUGAUUCAUCGGCACAAAGGUCGAUGAUCUUUUACGCAGUGAGAAUGGACCUUCCGCGAUUGACGCUACGUUGAAAGAUCAGAAUUGAAGACGUAACCGAAAUUCAAGUCGGCAGUCACAUGCGUAGUUGAACACAUUACGGUAAUCUCGCAUGGCAUGACUGACUUAUCGCGUAUAAUCUUGUACUAUUUUAAUCUAAUCGAAUCUGACAACGUUGCUUAUCUGUGUGAGCAUUACAAACACGACCAUGAUCAGAAGGAGCAGGUUGAAAAAUAAAAUCGGUGCGGUUGUAUUAAUUAUUGGGCUGACUGUGGCCUAUAAUGAAUUCAUCGCUUAUGAAAUUCAAAGACUGCAUUGGGCCUUCCAUAAGUGCACAGAUUGUACAAGGAUCUUACUUGUUGCCGAUCCACAAAUUUUGGGAAUCAAAAAUGAGAAUUAUCCCGGUGCAUCAGUGGCAAUUUGGGAUAGUGACAGUUACUUGCGGAAAACAUUUGCAAGAGCUCUCGCGCAUUCACAACCUCAUGUGAUUGCUUUCCUGGGUGAUUUAAUGGACGAGGGUCAUAUCGCAUCUGGAGAAUAUUUCGAAAAGUAUAAACGGAGGUUUGAUUCUAUAUUUCAAACGCCAGAUGAUGUGAUGAAAAUUUAUUUACCUGGAGACAACGAUGUCGGUGGCGAAGAGGAUACCGUAUCUGCACAUAUUUCUGACAGAUUUGAAUUUACAUAUAGUCAACCUGAUACUUUAAGUUACAAAAGCGUGAAUUUUUUUAAGGUAAACAGACUGACCCAUUCUGUUCCUGGAGCACCCAGCGACGCAUUUUUGAAUGAUUAUUCAGAAAGGAAUACUACGAAUGUGGUGCUGAGCCACAUGCCAUUGCUGUUCUCUCCUGGCAGUUUUGUUCAAAGUGUAGUCAAAGAGCUGUCACCACAGUUGAUUUUUUCUGCUCACGACCACAAGGCGAUGCAUACCAGCUUAGAUAUGGCGACAAAUCAAUUAAGUGAUAUUUGGAUCUUACCUCCACAUGAAAAUCGGUUGUUUCAUCUACGUCUUGAUAUGGGAGAUAUUCAUGAGGUUCAAAUACCGACUUGUUCGUACAGAAUGGGAACCCCUUACAUUGGUUACGGACUAGCUUCUGUUGAUACGCACGAGAAGUUAGUCCAAUUUACAAUACUUUGGCAGCCAAAUCGGUUUGUUCAGAUUUUAGUUUAUAACUUGGUCGGAUUGAUAUUGAUUAUUUUUUCGUUUUACUUUGCUGCUGUUUGGGCUUACCGAGUUUUAUCCGGCUAUGUAACUUACACAAAAGUACCAAAUAUGCGGACAUGAAAUUUAAAUGCUUCCGGGAUAUAGAAUGAGCUUCUCAUUCGGUAUAACGAACAGUUUGAAUAACAACAGGACGAAAAACUAGUUCCAAAUGUGAAUAGAAUUUGUAGGCGUUUAGUAACUUCCAUUCUUCUUUUCUACAUUCAUUCCAACUUUGACUGUCUUUUGCUUUUUAACGUUGAGAUCAUUUCAAAGAAAUCCACUCAAAACAUGUUUUAGUUUGCUGGCUGCAUAUAGACGCAGACUUGAUUUUGAGCCCUUGUACACAAUAUAUCGGUAUUAUAAAUCAUAAAAUGGUCAAGCGAUUGCUUGUUAAAUAUUAUUUACCUAUUCUCUACCUCUGGGAAAUAAUUGCUAACAUCUGUCCGAACUUGAAAAGUCACUCUGGUUGGCAAUUCACGAUCACAUUUUUAAAAUAGCUUGGAUACUGUUGUUAUUGUGAUACCCUGGUCUUGGAAGGAUUCUCUUCUGGCUCUCCAAUCUGUCAAAUUUUAUUUGCAUUCAUGGUGAUUGAAUGAGCUAUUUUUCGGUGCUAAGUGGCCUGCUUGAAGAUGAAUAUUAUCGUUCUUGCUAUGUAG